AUGAUUUUCCAUAAACUUCUUCCGUUUCUAACCCUCUUAUUAUACCUUGCAGUGGUGCAAGCACAAGCAAAAUGCUCGGCUAAAGUACCAUGCAAAGUUGGCUGUUGUAGUAAAUACGGAAACUGUGGCUUUGGCCCUGACUUUUGCGGCACUGGGUGCUUAAACAAUUGCAAUGCCAAAGCAGAAUGCGGAAAGGAUGCACCAGCUGGCAAAAAGAACUGCCCUCUUAACGUUUGCUGUUCAAAAUACGGAUUCUGUGGUCUCACCAAAGAUUUUUGCAGCAAAUCUGCAGGCUGUCAAAGCAACUGCAGUACUCCAGCACCAAAAUGCGCAGCAAACGCUCUCGGACUGAGAAGGGUUGGGUACUACGAAUCAUGGGCAACCACCCGAAGAUGUGCGGCUGUUCCACCUGCGAAAAUUCGGACGACAGGCCUCACACAUCUCAUAUAUUCUUUCGCUUCUAUUGAUCCACAUAGUUUCCAAAUUGCACCAACGAGUACACUAGACGCUCAACUUUUUGGGGACGUGACAGCCCUGAAAAAGACUUCACCGACCCUCAAAGUUUUCAUUGCAGUAGGCGGUUGGGCAUUUAAUGAUCCCGGCCCUACUAGAGAAACCUUCUCGAAGAUGGUGUCCACGGCUAGAACCAGAAAAAUAUUCGUCGAUAGUGUCGUGUUAUUUAUUAAGUCAUAUGGUUUCGACGGUAUAGAUAUCGACUGGGAGUAUCCUGGCGCAUUGGACCGAGGUGGCAAGCCAGCGGAUACCGAGAACUAUGUACUGCUCGUGCGCGAAAUGAGACAAGCGUUCACAGCAGAAGCAAAAGGAUGGGGUAUCUCAAUCGCAAUACCGGCGUCCUAUUGGUACCUUCAGCACUUUAAUCUUUCCGCUAUGGCGAGAUAUAUCGAUUGGUUUAAUCUCAUGUCCUAUGAUUUCGUCGGGGCAUGGGAUGCGACAAAUAAAUGGACUGGUCCCUACGUCGGAGCACAUACAAACUUAACCAUGACACAGCAAGCCCUGGACCUAAUGUGGAGGAGUAAGAUAAGCGGCUCUAAAAUAAAUAUGGGAUUAGGAUUUUACGGCCGAUCAUUCACUCUGAAGAGCAAAGCCUGUACUAAACCGGGUUGUCAGUUCUCCAAAGCUGGGAAACCAGGCCGAUGUAGCGCCGCAGCCGGAAUCUUGAUGAACAUCGAGAUCCAAGAUAUUCAAAAGAAGAAAAAAACCAAACCGGUUUUCGAUAAAGUCGCUGGAGUUAAGUAUAUGAGCUGGGACGAUCAGUGGGUAUCGUUUGAUGAUGCCGAGAGUAUAGCCUUCAAGAGGCAUUGGGCCGGUACAAAGUGCCUCGGUGGCUUGAUGAUAUGGGCUCUUGACCAUGAUACGCUAGAUAACGUUGGCUUAGCUGCUGCCGUUGGCGUCACUCCCGCAAAGUUUGUGGCGAUGGCCGCAACGCAGGAACGACCUCCUCGCACAAACUGCUAUAUCGCUUUCUGUGGAGAUAAAUGUGUAGCUGGAUACUCCGUUUUUGGAUAUGGAUCCGGUAGUUUUAGCUCUACCGAUGCUUUGGGCCUACGGGGCUCUUGUGAUGGCGGCAAGUUCUCGAGCAUCUGCUGCCCCUCCAACAGUAUGACAAAAAAUCCAUUGGAUACAUGUCGAUGGGUUGGAGAUGAAGGUUUAGUGAGCGUCGUUGGCCCCGGGCCAAGUCGGAAGCGGGCUGGUCCUGCAGCACCAGGUCUUUGCAGAGUCGGCUGUCCCGCCGGGAUGACCCAAAUAGCUCAGAACACAGUGACUUCCCAGCGCAGAGUCACAAGGUUUGAUGAGCAGUGGACUUACGGGUACUGCUUAGAGGGAUAUGCUAGUUACUGCUGUCCAGACUUUACGGUCGAUGCGAAGAAGUCGCCCCCGCUUCUAUUCUAUGAAGACAGAACGUCACUGCGAAAGAGGGGUUUAGAAUUUCUACUAGCACCUCUUUUCGGCUAUGGAAUUAUGUUCAAAGAGCUAUACAUCGACCCGGAGCCUGUUUUCAAGCCUUUGAAAAUCGGGAUAGAUAUUGGCGGGAAGGAGGUGGCAGGCUUCCCUGCGCUCCCGACAGAUGAGAGACCCUGGGAUGAGUUCGCACCUGAUCCCAAAGACGCCCCAGGUAGUAGUAGUAGCGAGCAAGACAGGGAUAGCACCGGUGACUAUAGCCCGCCGGAGUCGGAGUCAGACUCCGAGGAUGAAUCAGAUCCUAAUUGGGUUGCUUACCACGUGCGGGAUACAGUAGCUGGACGAACAUACGGGGGCCAUGUCGCCGUUGCAUCUCGAAGGCUUAUCACCACCAAAGACUUGACUUAUAUUUGUACCUAUACGCACUUUCCCCAGGUUUGCGAGAACAUAAGAAGCGCAAUACUGGUUCGAGGAGCGCCCGGCGUUGUAAACUACCUUCAUAAUCUGGGAUCACGGGUCGUUCCGAGGAACUGGGCUCGCCAGCACGGAGCGCGAAACAGCCCCCAACCGAACCAGCACCCCAACCCAUGGCUGGUUUAUACGAUUCGUCCACAGCGCAAUACCAGAAUAGGGGCUAACGGUGCAGUGGUAAUACGCACAACUUUCCCUUAUUUUCCAACAUGUGAGGUUGACGAGUAUCCGUUUCACUCCACUUCUCAAAACAAUGGCCCAAUCGUCAUCGGGCGCUUAGUUCCGAAAGAGCAGAACCAGGCCCAAGGUCAAGACUGGCGGAAUUUUCUCAUAGCAAAUAGAGUUUCUCCUGUGGAUCGUAUCACCAUCACCUGGCUGCUCCCUCGUUCGAAACUCAACCCUUACCCUUGGCACUCACGCUACGAUCUGGGGCAAAACGGUGGUUGUUUUCCAGCAAAAAAUCAUGAUCCGAACAGCAGGAUCUUCGAUCCUGUAUUUGCUGUCAUGACGGAUGACCCGUUCGUAGCCUCUGUCGACCAGAAACUAAAUUUUGUGGGUGGUUACCAUAACACGUAUCCUUCCCAAGGCCUCGCCAUCGUACCAACACCCACGGACUUGAACUUCCUCCAUCUUGGACGGCGAGAUAUGACGUCCAGUUCUCCCCCAAUACCCGUACAGACCAGAAAUUUACUACACAGGCGGAAUCCGUCACAUGAAGUAGAAGGGCAGCCAGUUAUGCUGGAGCCUACACGGAGGAUUGUCACUGUGCCCGUGAUCAGCCCUACUAGCCAACCAACGAAUUGA